AUGCAUUUACAGAAAUGUUUCAAAUAUGCAUUUGCUAAAAAUCAGGGAGAUGCGAAAGGACUGGAGGAGAAUUUACGGGCAAUAGUUCCUCACCAGUUUGGUGACCAUAGUUUGUGUGACUCGAAAUUCUGUGGAUUUAAGCGAAGUCCUGAUCAGGCAUACAGCCAUAAGAGUUUACCAUACAAAACAGCUCUAAAGGAUGACGAGAUGAGAUUUAAACUUGAUGAGAUUUUCUCGACAGUCAUCGCCAAUUCGGAACAGUUUGCUGAAUUAGGUUCAAGUCAACAAUGCGAGCAUGCGAAUCGAGAGGUCACUCUUAGAGUUCCAAAGUCCCUACAUUAUGGGAAUUCAGAGGCUCUUGAUUUCAGAGUAGCUGCAACAACAGCUUUCAUAAACGAGGGAAGAGAGUAUAUCACAAAGGUCAACCAAGAUGCAGGAAUUUCACCAGGGAAAUUCACCAAAGCUUAUGCUGAUGAUCAGAUGAAGCGCCGCAAGCACUCACAAGAAAAGUCAAAGCUGUCCUCUACAAAGCGACGACGCUUGAUCCUGAAACAGGAACGUGUCAUAACACAAGGAGCAAAUGAAGUAUUAGAGGGUGCAUCAUAUCAGUCUGAUAUAGCACUUGAUUCAAAUCUAGAUGUGGAACAGUUGCCAGAGGCAGUGCCCAGUGGGAAUUUUAAAGCUGUUUCAAUCCCUGAGAAUUCUACAUUUGUCGCAUUUGAUUUGGAGACGACUGAUCUAGUUUGUGAGUUCAUCUUGUUAUUCGAGUUUGUCGUCAAAAUAGCAAUUUCAUUUUUUGGGAUUACAGUUCGAGGAGGAAGGAUGCCUCAUAUUACCCAGAUUGCUGCCAAGACCAUUGGAACCAAUGACAGCUUUUCUGCUUACGUCAUUCCAAAAAUGCCUAUAUCAUCUGCAGCCCAAGAUAUCACAGGGAUUGUGUACAACAACAGUGGCACAAUGACUGUUCGUGGAAAACAUGUGGAACCAAAGACCUUGAGUUCUGCUGUUACCAAGUUAUGCGAUUGGCUAGCCCAGUAUCCGCAUGUGUUUCUAGUUGCCCACAAUGGAAAGACGUUUGAUUACCCUGUGUUCCUGUCUGCAUUGAGCAGUAUCGGUAGUGUGGGCAGAUUCAUGGAUUGUGUAAUAGGACUCAUCGAUAGCUUGGCCGUCUUCAAGAAAAAAUACCCCCGUUUAUCAUCUUACAAACAGGAAGAACUUGCUAAAUCCCUUUUGAAUGCUACGUAUGGAGCACAUGAUGCUGAAGAGGAUGUGAAUAUACUUGUGGACCUUGUUUCACACUCAAAGAUGACCGAAAAGGAACUUUCUACUUUCAGUUUUCCACCAAGCGCAGUUUGCAACCAGCUAAAGUACAACAAGAUGAAAGCAUCCAACUUGCCUUCACUACAUCCUCUUAUUGGAAAAGGAGUUUUCAGGAUCACUAUAGCUGAAAAAAUUGCAGCCGCUGAUCUAUCAUUUGAUAUAUCUCAAAUUCCUGUGGAUGAAAACUCAUGA